UCUGACACGAAGGGAUCUCUCUCCGAUUGCCAUCUAACUAGAUCAGUCAUAUCAAGAGAUAAAUCGUUGGAAACUUUUUUGGCGGUGCUGGUAGUUUUGUUAUGCGCAUGUGCGAAGGUGUCCAAACUGACAAUGCUGGAGAGAUAGCGAGUCUGGAUUGAGAAACACAGAGAAAAGGACAGGAAAAAAAGAAAAAGGAGGAAAAGAUCCAAGAGAAAAUCGAACAAACCCAAAGCGGAAAGACUGGCAUCAUGAGGUCCAAAGGCAGGGCACGGAAACUGGCCACAAGUAAUGGUGAGGACUUUGCCCUCUACCCCUCUGAUGUUCUGGAUGAUGUGUGUGUGUCGGACGGAUACCCCGCGGCACCAUCCUCGGCCCCCCUAGCAGAAGACCACCCCUCCCCUGGCUUCUCCGCUGACGAUGACACGUCUCCCCUGGAGCCGCCCCCCUUCCACUCUGCCAUCUACAUGCCCCAGGACGAGCUGCCUGUUCCCCCCGACUUGCAGCUGCGCCAGUCGGGCGUCCCCGGUGUCGGUGGCGUCCUGGGCAUCUGGGCACGGAGGACGCUGGAUGUGGGCGAGCGAUUCGGACCAUAUGUGGGCGAGCAGCGGGCGUGCCUGAGAGACCCCACCCAAGGCUGGGAGAUCUUGGACGGGUCGGGCCAUGUAAAGUUCUGUGUGGAUGCCAGCGAGCCUGAUAUCGGGAGCUGGCUGAAGCACAUCCAGUUUGCCCCCACGGCCCUCCAGCACAACCUGACGCCGUGCCAGAUAGAUGAUCAGAUCUUCUACAGAGUGACUCAAGAGAUCCAACCAGGCGAGGAGCUGCUUUUGUUCAUGAAGGCAGAGCAGUAUUCAUGUGACAACAUGGCUCCUGAUAUGCACGAGGAGAGACAGUAUCGCUGUGAGGAUUGUGACCAGCUCUUUGAGUCUGUCUCUGAGCUACUGGACCACCAGAAGGUUCCAUGUGGGACGCCCCCCUCAGCCUUCCUGGGGAACCCUGGAGGGGACAGUAGUGACCUGGAGGGCCCUGAGGGCCUGGAACCCCACGAUCUGCACCUGUCUCACAGCCUCAGCCACCACGACCACAACGGUCCCCAGGAGUGUAAAGAGUGUGACCAGGUGUUCCCUGACCUCCAGAGCCUGGAAGCUCACUCUCUGUCUCACUCAGAGGAGAGGGAUUACAAGUGUGACCAGUGCCCCAAGGCCUUCAACUGGAAAUCCAACCUGAUUCGUCAUCAGAUGUCACAUGACAGUGGCAAGCACUACGAAUGUGAAAACUGCACAAAGGUACAGUCAUGUACCUGCUCAAAGCAGGUGUUCACAGACCCCAGUAACCUGCAGAGGCACAUCCGCUCGCAGCACGUGGGGGCGCGGGCUCACGCCUGUCCCGAUUGCGGGAAGACCUUUGCCACGUCCUCUGGCCUGAAGCAGCACAAGCACAUCCACAGCAGUGUCAAGCCCUUCAUAUGUAAGUCACUCAGACCCUUCAUAUGCGAGGUGUGCCACAAGUCCUACACGCAGUUCUCCAACCUGUGCCGCCACAAGCGCAUGCACGCCGACUGCCGCACCCAGAUCAAGUGUAAGGACUGUGGUCAGAUGUUCAGCACCACCUCCUCCCUCAACAAGCACCGGCGCUUCUGUGAGGGCAAAAACCAUUUCACGGCAGGGGGGUUGUUCGCCCAUGCCCAAGGCAUGUCCCUCCCCGGUGUCCCUGGUGCCAUGGACAAGGCCGCUAUGGGAGGGAUGGGGCACAGCAGCGCCAGCCUGGCAGACUACUUUGGGAACCGGCACCACAGCGGCCUGACAUUUCCGACUGCCCCUGGCUUCCCCUUCAGCUUCCCGGGUCUGUUCUCCUCUGGACUGUACCACCGACCCCCUCUCAUACAGGCCACCUCCCCAGUCAGACGGCCCCUAGGUCCCGGUACGGAGCACAUCAAGAGCCCCCUCCUGUCGCCUAGCCCCGGAGCCCAAGAGACCAGAGAACUGCUCAAGACCCUCCGCAAGGAGGCAUUGCCCGGUAGCGAGCAGCCACAGGGAACAGAGCAGCGACAGUCCCAUGGCUCCUCCUCCAAGCAGAGGCACAGCGGCGGCAAGAUGAGCAGCCAAUCGGAGAGCAGCGAUCUGGAUGACGUAAGCACUCCCAGUGGGAGCGACCUAGAUACCACAUCAGGCUCGGAGCUGGAGAGCGACAUGGAAAGCGAAGGCCAGCGGGAGAGGGCACCCCGGGAGAACGGGAAAGGGCCCAAAAGGAAGGCGGGCAGAGGCCCCCAGAGCCCCACCACCCUGAUCAGUAACCACACUAAGGAGUUCCAAGGUAGCCCCGCCUUGUUCCCUCCCUCGCUGGACGAGCACACGGCUGUCUCAGGGGCGGUCAAUGACUCCAUCAAGGCCAUCGCCUCCAUCGCUGAGAGGUACUUUGGCUCCACGGGGCUGGCGGGCCUGCAGGACAAGAAGGUAGGCACCCUGCCCUACCCCUCCAUGUUCCCCCUGCCCUUCUUCCCAAACUUCUCCCCGCCCGUCUACCCCUUCCCAGAGAGAGAGCUCAGACCUCCUGGCCUAAAGGGGGAGCCCCAGUCCCCACCUGACGAACCCUCUAAGAAGCGCCAGAGCAGGACCUCUGAGUCGCCCUUUGACCUUACCACCAAGCGCAAGCAGGAGGACAAGGUCCUCGCCCCCUUCGUCCCAGUCUCCAAAUCCAAACCGGAGGCCUCCUCACGUUCCACCAAUCAGGACCAGCCGCUGGAUCUGAGCAUGGGCGGCACUAGGAACCGCAGCAGUAGCCACGCCCCCCGGGGGGAGGAAUCAAAGAAGAUCCACGUGUUUGGAGAAGACAAGACAGGGAUGGAGCUACCUAAAGCCGACACCUCUCUGCAGCACGCCAGGCCCUCCCCCUUGUUCAUGGACCCCAUCUACAGCAGGGUUGAGAAGAGGAAGAUGAACGAUCCGUUUGAGGCUCUGAAAGACAAGUACAUGCGGCCCGCCCCCGGCUUCCUCUUCCAUCCACAGUUUCGUAUGCCAGUUCAGAGAUCCUGGAUGUCGGCCAUUGAGAACAUGGCGGAGAAGCUUGAGACGUUUGGUUCGCUUAACCCGGAGUCAGGUGACCUGAUGCGCUCCGUCCCCUCCAUGUUUGACUUCCGAGCUCCGCCCACUGCCCUCCCCGAGACGCUACUGCGGAAGGGCAAGGAGCGCUACACCUGCAGAUACUGUGGUAAACUAUUCCCACGGUCUGCCAACCUGACCCGCCACCUAAGGACACACACAGGAGAGCAACCGUACAGGUGUAAGUACUGCGACCGCUCGUUCAGCAUCUCCUCCAACCUGCAGCGCCACAUCCGCAACAUCCACAACAAGGAGAAGCCCUUCAAGUGUCACCUGUGUGACCGCUGCUUCGGCCAGCAGACCAACCUGGACCGUCACCUCAAGAAACACGAGAACGGUAACCUCUCAGGCACGGCUGCGUCCUCCCCUCGGUCAGAGCUGGACAGCAGCAGCGCCAUCCUGGAUGACAAAGAGGACUCCUACUUCAACGAAAUACAAAACUUUAUCGACAACACAGGCCAGAACCAGCCGUCCCCUGACCAUUCUGAGGAAGGAUUGAACGGUGGUCCUUUCGAGGAGGAGAAGCCCCUGGUGGCCAGCCAUGGGUCACGUGACCUGGAGGAGGAGGGGGAGGAGCUUGGCGCCGAGGAGGAGAAAGGGGAGCAGAGCAACAACGCUGACGGGAAACCUAGGGACGAAGCUCACCCCGGCAACCUAGAUGGUGACAUCCUACUCAACGAAAUAGAACUUGACGGCCCUAGCGAUUUGGAGCUCAACUGCAAGACUUCCCCAAGGAGGUAUGAGGAGGAAGAGGAUCAGAGUAGCUACUCUGCGCUGGAUCACAUCCGUCACUUCUCUGACAUGCAUAAGAUGGAGGACAGUGAGUUCAGCGACGGGGACACCUCCUUUGGCUCCCCCAGCCUGCCUGAGGCUGUCAAACAGCCCCUGUACAGGAAAUCCAAGUCCCAGGCGUACGCCAUGAUGCUGUCUCUGGCUGACAAGGACGCACUCCACCCAGCCAACCACACACCAGCCACCAUGUGGCACAGCCUGGCGCGGGCCGCUGCUGAGUCCAGUGCCAUCCAGUCCCUCAGCCAUGUAUGAUGCCGUGAUCCCUGACCCCUAACCCCCCCGACCCCGACCUAUCGCACUGAGAGGCCUUGGGGUCCGUCAGCGGGGCCCCUGGCCCUUGGCCCGUCACAGACUGCUGAGCAGAACCACGGCCCAUCUGACUGCUGAGCAGAAUGCCUUACACACGUGCAGGGUCACCGUCCACAGAGAACCGCCCAGCCCAGCCCUCCAAGAGAUCCAACAAACAUCCCUUCUGUGACCUUAAAUUGAGUCAGUAUGUUUAAUAUCAACGACAAUGAUGAUGAUAGUGAUUAUUGACUAUGGUGAUGAAAAUAACAAUGUAAGUAAUAAUAGCUGUAUUUAUUCUGUUGAUUUUUAAUGUUUUGCACAGCAGCGGCAGCUGGUAGGAGGGAUGAUGGAGAUGGUUUUGUUAGACGUUACAUUGCUAGAGCAUUUCAUGUGUCCACUCAGCUGAGAACAGUCUUCCUCAGUGCGAAGUCGGUUGUAUUUAGAGAACCCAUUCGGGAACGCGGUCCAGCCACGGUUGGAUAUGUGUACAGAGUACAGACCCUACCUAGCCCCACAUAGCCCUACCUAAUCUUACCAGGCCACACCUAAGCAUCCCUAGCUCCACCUAGAACCUCAUAAUCCUACCUAGACCUACCAUUCCAGCUACCUAACCCCACAUGGCCACUCCUAGUAUACCUGGCCACUCCUAGUAUACCUGGCCACUCCUAGCAUACCUGGCCACUCAUAGCAUACCUGCCCACUCCUAGCAUACCUGGCCACUCCUAGCAUACCUGGCCACUCCUAGCAUACCUGGCCACUCCUAGCAUACCUGGCCACUCAUAGCAUACCUGGCCACUCCUAGCAUACCUGGCCACUCAUAGCAUACCUGCCCACUCCUAGCAUACCUGGCCACUCCUAGCAUACCUGGCCACUCCUAGCAUACCUGGCCACUCAUAGCAUACCUGCCCACUCCUAGCAUACCUGGCCACUCCUAGCAUACCUGGCCACUCCUAGCAUACCUGGCCACUCAUAGCAUACCUGCCCACUCCUAGCAUACCUGGCCACUCCUAGCAUACCUGCCCACUCCUAGCAUACCUGGCCACUCCUAGCAUACCUGGCCACUCCUAGCAUACCUGGCCACUCCUAGCAUACCUGGCCACUCCUAGCAUACCUGCCCACUCCUAGCAUACCUGGCCACUCCUAGCAUACCUGGCCACUCCUAGCAUACCUGCCCACUCCUAGCAUACCUGGCCACUCCUAGCAUACCUGGCCACUCCUAGCAUACCUGGCCACUCCUAGCAUACCUGGCCACUCCUAGCAUACCUGGCCACUCCUAGCAUACCUGGCCACUCCUA